AUGGCAUCAGACCCGUCGGAUGGAGACAACGUACUGUUCAACACGGAAGUUGAUCCGGAGCUUGAGCUGCAAGAAAUGCAGCGCCAAGUAAAUGACCUUCAGGAGGACCUUCGGUUGAAAACGCUGCAGGAAACGGCAGCCCAAGAUGAGGGGCAGCGUAAGACUACCGGCGUUGUGGCGUCGAAAAACACGUCGGUUUUUGUGGGCGGGAUGGACCCGCGCACGACGGAGAGUGAUCUUCGCGUCUUUUUUAGUGCAUGCGGGACCAUUAAGCGUCUCACGAUGUUGCGCGACAAAUUCACCGGUCAGCAAAAGGGCACAGCGUAUAUUGAGUUUGAAACUGUGGAGCAAGCUGCUGCUGCUAUUGUGAAGAAUGGACAAUCCCUCCAUGGAAAACCUCUGACGGUGGCGAUGAAACGUGACAAUAUUCCGGCUUUUCAACGCGGUAGAGGUGGAGGAGCUGGUGGUGGUUUCCCUCGAGGUGGUUUCCGAGGCGGUGGAGCCAACGCCAUGCAACAACAAAUGGCCAUGGCAGCCACAAUGAUGGCAACGAUGAUGGGAGGCCCCGCUGGCAUGAACUUUAGUCCGUACCGCGGUGGUGUGCGUGGCCGAGGUCGAGGCAGGGGACGCGGUGGGCCAUAUUGA